GCCUGACGUCAGAGCGGGGCGGGCGGCGGGCGCGGGGCCGGGCCGGAGGGAAGCGGCGGUGGCUCCGCGGACGCAGUGGAGCCGGCGCGGCGCGGGGCUCGGGGCGCGGGGAGCGGCGGCCUCGGGCUGCGGAGCGGCGGCGCGGCGCGGGGCCCUCGCAAGCACGAUGAGGACCUAGGCCGUCUGCCUGCCGACUGUUCCCUGGGCCUGUUGUGACCAUGGCCCCCCGCAAGAGGAGCCGCCAUGGCCUGGGCUUCCUGUGCUGCUUCGGGGGCAGCGACCUCCCCGAGAUCAACCUCCGGGACAACCACCCCUUGCAGUACAUGGAGUUCUCCAGUCCUAUCCCAAACCCAGAAGAGCUUAACGUCCGCUUCGCAGAGCUGGUGGAUGAAUUGGAUCUCACUGACAAAAACCGGGAGGCUGUGUUUGCGCUGCCCCCUGAGAAGAAAUGGCAGAUCUACUGCAGCAAGAAGAAGGAGCAGGAGGACCCCAACAAGCUGGCCACCAGCUGGCCUGACUACUACAUCGACCGCAUCAACUCCAUGGCUGCGAUGCACAGUCUGUACGCCUUUGAUGAGGAGGAGACAGAGAUAAGGAACCAAGUGGUGGAAGACCUGAAGACGGCCCUGCGGACACAGCCCAUGAGGUUUGUGACCCGCUUCAUUGAGCUGGAGGGCUUGACCUGUCUGCUGAAUUUCCUCCGGAGCAUGGACCACGCCACCUGUGAAAGCCGCAUUCACACCUCGCUGAUUGGCUGCAUCAAGGCUCUGAUGAACAACUCCCAGGGGCGGGCGCACGUGCUGGCCCAGCCGGAGGCUAUCAGCACCAUUGCACAGAGCCUGCGCACAGAAAACAGCAAGACCAAAGUGGCUGUGCUGGAGAUCCUGGGCGCUGUGUGCCUCGUACCUGGUGGCCACAAGAAAGUGCUUCAGGCCAUGCUCCACUACCAGGUGUAUGCGGCAGAGCGCACGCGCUUCCAGACACUGCUGAAUGAGCUAGACCGAAGUCUGGGCCGCUACCGGGAUGAAGUGAAUCUGAAAACAGCCAUCAUGUCUUUUAUCAAUGCUGUCCUCAAUGCUGGAGCUGGAGAGGAUAAUCUGGAGUUCCGCCUACAUCUACGGUAUGAGUUCCUAAUGUUGGGGAUCCAGCCUGUGAUUGACAAGCUCCGGCAGCAUGAGAACGCCAUUCUAGACAAACAUCUAGACUUCUUCGAGAUGGUCCGGAAUGAGGACGACCUGGAGCUAGCCAGAAGGUUUGACAUGGUCCACAUUGACACCAAAAGUGCUUCCCAGAUGUUUGAGCUGAUCCACAAGAAGCUGAAGCACACCGAGGCCUACCCAUGCCUGCUGUCUGUGUUGCACCACUGCCUGCAGAUGCCCUACAAGCGGAAUGGUGGCUACUUCCAGCAGUGGCAGCUCCUAGACCGCAUCCUUCAGCAGAUUGUCCUCCAGGACGAAAGGGGUGUGGAUCCUGACCUAGCUCCCUUGGAGAACUUCAACGUGAAGAACAUCGUCAACAUGCUCAUCAAUGAGAAUGAAGUGAAGCAGUGGCGAGACCAAGCCGAGAAGUUCCGGAAAGAACACACAGAGCUGGUGAGCAGGCUGGAGAGGAAGGAGCGGGAAUGUGAGACGAAGACGCUGGAGAAGGAAGAGAUGAUGCGCACACUGAACAAGAUGAAGGACAAGCUGGCCCGGGAGUCCCAGGAGCUGCGCCACGCUCGGGGACAAGUGGCGGAGCUGGUAGCCCAACUCAGCGAGAUCUCGACAGGACCUGUAUCUUCCCCACUUCCCCCUGGGGCCCCCCUUACCUUGUCUUCCUCUAUGACAACCAGUGUCCUGCCUCCACCCCCACCCCCUCUGCCGUUUGCUUGCUGCCCCCCACCGCCACCACCACCCCUUCCACCCGGUGGGCCUCCAACUCCUCCCGGUGCCCCACCUUGCUUUGGCAUGGGCCUGCCCCUCCCUCCGGACCCCUUCCCCAGCAGUGAUACCCCACUCAGGAAGAAGUGUGUUCCCCAGCCUUCCCAUCCGCUGAAGUCCUUCAACUGGGUCAAGCUGAAUGAGGAACGUGUCCCUGGCACUGUAUGGAAUGAGAUUGAUGACAUGCAGGUAUUUCGGAUUCUGGACCUAGAGGACUUUGAAAAAAUGUUUUCAGCUUAUCAGAGGCACCAGAAAGAGUUGGGCUCCACCGAGGACAUCUACCUGGCCUCCCGCAAGGUCAAAGAGCUGUCCGUCAUUGAUGGCCGGAGGGCACAGAACUGCAUCAUCCUUCUCUCCAAGUUGAAGCUUUCUAACGAGGAGAUCCGGCAGGCCAUCUUGAAGAUGGAUGAGCAGGAGGACCUUGCUAAGGACAUGCUGGAGCAGCUCCUCAAGUUCAUCCCAGAGAAGAGCGACGUUGACCUCCUGGAGGAGCACAAGCAUGAGAUUGAGCGGAUGGCCCGCGCUGACCGCUUCCUCUACGAAAUGAGCAGGAUCGACCACUACCAGCAGCGGCUGCAGGCCCUGUUCUUCAAGAAGAAGUUCCAGGAGCGGCUGACUGAGGCCAAGCCCAAAGUGGAAGCCAUCCUGCUGGCCUCCCGGGAGCUGAUCCGCAGCAAGCGACUAAUGCAGAUGCUAGAGGUCGUCCUGGCCAUCGGCAACUUCAUGAACAAAGGGCAGCGUGGGGGCGCCUAUGGGUUCCGGGUGGCCAGUCUCAACAAGAUUGCUGACACCAAGUCCAGCAUUGACAGAAACAUCUCCCUGCUCCAUUACCUUAUCAUGAUCCUGGAGAAGCAUUUCCCUGACCUCCUGAAUAUGCCCUCAGAGCUGCAGCAUCUCCCGGAAGCCGCCAAAGUCAACCUGGCAGAGCUGGAGAAAGAGGUGGGCAACCUCAGGAGGGGCCUCAGAGCAGUCGAGGUGGAGCUGGAAUACCAGAGGCGCCAGGUGCGGGAGCCGAAUGACAAGUUUGUCCCCGUCAUGAGCGAUUUCAUCACAGUCUCCAGCUUUAGCUUCUCGGAGCUGGAGGACCAGCUCAGUGAAGCCAAAGACAAGUUCUCCAAGGCCCUCAUGCACUUUGGGGAGCAUGACAGCAAGAUGCAGCCAGAUGAAUUCUUUGGCAUCUUUGACACCUUCCUGCAGGCCUUUUCGGAGGCCAGGCAGGACCUGGAGGCCAUGAGGAGGAGGAAGGAGGAGGAGGAGCGGCGGGCGCGCAUGGAAGCCAUGCUGAAGGAGCAGCGAGAGCGGGAGCGGUGGCAGCGACAGCGGCAGGUCCCCGCGGGCAGCACGCUGGAGGAAGGAGGCGAGUUUGAUGACCUGGUGUCGGCCCUGCGCUCCGGGGAAGUCUUUGACAAGGACUUGUGCAAACUCAGGCGCAGCCGCAAGCGGUCAGGGAGCCAGGCCCUGGAAGCCACCCGGGAGCGGGCAAUAAGCAGGCUAAAUUAUUGACCUGGGGACUGGCCACAGCAGGAGGCUGGGGGACAGGGAUGGAGCAAGAGGGGCUGAGUGGAGGCAUGUGAUCCUGAAACCAUCUGGGGCUCGUUUAGAUCCCUGGGAGGGUCCUGGGCCAGGGCUGUGCAUGGCAGGACCAGGGGUCUCCCCACACUUGACCUGAAGAGGCUCCUCUCCUCCUCUUCCAUGAUUCUUUCUGCACCCUGCCCCCACCGGGGUCACUCUCUAAGGCUGGACGUCCCUAGCAGGUUUCCCACCCCCAGCACAGGCACCUCCACGUGGGCACAGAACUGUUCCACAUGUAGACUGGACAGGCACACAGACCCGUCAGACUGCGUGUGCAGAGGGGAGGACCAGCAGGUGGCCCCCGAGGGCCAGGGUAAGAAUCCAGGCUCCAAACUCUCAAGAGCUGGCUUAACCGAACAUUGAUCUGGGGGCAGACUCUCCUCUUGGAUGGAAAAGGAAGAGGUAUUAUAUAUUCUAGCUAAGUACGUUCCAGAAAAAAAAAAUGCUGGGAGGAUAAUGCAGGGACAGAGUCAUCAGACAGGCAACAGUGUCUGGUCCUUACAUCACAAGUCCUUUGUCCCCUCUCUUGCAUUAAAUCUUCCCCCUUUCCUUCCUUCUGCCACCUCCAUCCUGUUUACUAACCCAGAAUCCCAGAAAAACUUACCUUUGGGUUCCCACGACUAUGGCUAACUAUCAGGUAUUUGAUGAAUCCAGUAAGAGAAAGGGUUCGACAAAGAUCCCACUCAUGACACCUUGUGCCUUGGCUGUAGGGACCCUGGAACUUCCCCGCCUGCCCCCCACCUCCCUUGUACAGCUGGAUCUGUGCCUUGAAGUGAGAAGGUGACCUCACAUGUCGAUUAGGAGUUCCUGAUGGCCCAUCACCAGAGGGCAGCACUUGAACGUCUAGCGACACCCUAGCGCUCCCUCACCUAUCAUUCAGUGCUUCUCAGACCCCAAACUUUCUCUAACAUCUGCCUCAGGGCACAAGCCGCAGUGACCUCCCGCUCCAUCCAGCCUGCAGGCGACCACCUUGCCAUGCCACGUGUGUGUGGCUGAGGCUGGCCCUGCGGUGUUAGUUCCUGAGAGGCUCCGGAGGGCCAGAGCUGCCCUCGGCAUCUUCACACCUUCCCUCAGGGCACCUCCUCCUGAGGUUUUCAGACCUGGGGCCAGAGCAGGCAGGCGAGCUGGGGAGAUGGCGGACAGAGGAGGAAGGCCAGCUUCCGGGGAGUGCACUGCCUGAAGGAGCCAAGGGGUGGGAGACAGGGGCUUCCUACCCCAUCUCCGGUCCCCAGGUUGGUUCUCCGGCCUGACUUCCAAGGGGCCCGUCCCCCCCUCCCACCUCCUCUCACCUUCUAUCCGGCCCAUCGUGAGCUGUCCUUCAGGGUUGGAAUGAUGGUUGUGUCUAAACAAAAUUUUAUCUCUUCUACAAGAAGGAAGGUGAGGUCAACUCCCUCGAGGAUCUUAUUUUUACUACAUUCCCUCCCCCUGGAGUUGACCUUUCUUCCUGUGCCUGAGCCCAUCCUACAAACCCUUCAUCAGUCGGCUCCAUGACCUUUGCUUUGUGUCUCGCCUUCCAACCUGCUCCUCCGGCUCAGGGCUGUUGCCAGCGGACAGACUGGUGGGCUGGGCCCACCCUUCAGCUGCCCGUCUAUCUUUUCCCUACAUCAGACUCCUGGGGAUGGGGCCAUAGCCGCUGCAGGGGAAGGAACCCAGGGUUGGUGAGCCCAGCAUGUGUGUUGGUUUGUGGGGAGGGAUUUGAGCAAAGGCAAGUCUGGCCAGGAUGGGUGUGAAGAGGCCGUCCUGGAGUCCAGGCGAGGGCAAGACGAAGGCUUCCAGGAAGGGCAGGUGCAGAGAGCUUUCCUAUACCCAAGAGCCCCUGCACUGAGAAGCUGGUGCUGGGAAGGACAGGAGGGUUGUGGAUGGCAUCUCCGAAGGCCCUCCCCAAGCUGCCAGGACGAGGCCAAAAUAACCCGCAGGGCCAGGGAACAGGGGAGGGUCCACUUCUGUCCAGCAAGUAUGUCCAAACCCGGGCAUUCCCACCCACCAGGGAAGACAAGAAACACGGAAGCUGUUCAAGGCACUUUGGCUCUGCAGAAAAGCAGUCUGGCUAACUGUUUACAGAGGGCACAUACAAUGUUCCCGGGCUCAGGCAUCUCACCCCAGAAGAUUUUUCCUUCUCUAUUUAUUAUUUUCUAGCUCUGGCCAGUGGCUUUGGUACCAGAUGCCACUGUCGCCAGAUCUGUAACAGUGCCUUGGAUCAUGGACCGUCACGGCUGACUCAGCAUGCCGGGGCUGGUGCCCCCAGGGAGAUGGCUGAGUUGGUCUUUGAUGCUAAAUGUUUACGCCUAUUAUAUUUGCUCCUCGGUCUUUCCCCAGUGCCCUGCCCACCCCUCCUGCCACCUUUGGGUAGAUUUCAGCUAAUUUUGUGUCCAACAUAAAAUUCAGUUACCUGCUGCAACCUGGCGCCGUCUCAGCAGCAGCACCCAUUCCUCUUCCUGGGCUGGAAGUCAGGGGUGUUUAGGGCAGUGGGACGAGAGGAUUCUCCGGGUGGAUGGCGAAGAGUCUGGCCCAGGCUUUCCUCACCCCCACCCCAUUUCCAUGAACUGGGGCACCGUGACCAUCUCCCCCACCUCUAGCGGGGGCACCUUCACGCCAAGGCUGCUCUCAUCAGCUGUCUCAGACAACAAAUGAGGCUCAUGUACAAAA